CUCCAACCUAUUAUUGACGAAGAUUAGACAAUUUGCCCCAAACUUGCAACCCACCUUAACUCAAGCCUCUGGCAACAUAAACCAAUCAUCUAAGCUUGAAGAAAUUUCUAGCCAAUCAUAAGCUCAUAACACCAUCGAAAUGCCACUGUGGCAGCACUGAGUUCCAUGGCCAUAUCGGUUGGACAUAGGACGCACUCCCACGAGGUGUGAUAUAUCAACAGUCACAGUGUUAAUUGAAUUGUGAAUCUGAUACGAUGCCUAGCGUCAGAUAACGGUGGCUGCUGCUCCUGCUAGUGUAGCGCUGCCUCAGUUGUUCCUGGGUGGACACUAGAGGACACUACUGCCGGGACUAGCAUUGAACAUAGCACAUAUUACAGAUCCAAACAUGAAGGUCGGGUUGUGUCUGUUGGUGGCUAUCUACCCUUGUUUGCUGUCUGUUGCCUUGGCAACAUACUAUUCGAAGGAGAAUGAGCAAUGUAACAACUGUUGCCGGGGUCUUCCUGGUCCACAAGGAAUUCCCGGACUUCCCGGUAUGCAUGGAACACGAGGGGAAGAGGGACACAAAGGAAGUAAGGGAGAAGUCGGCAGCAAGGGGAUUCGUGGCUAUCAAGGGGUGACUGGGCCUUCAGGACCAGAAGGUCCAAAAGGGCUCCGAGGUCGAAAAGGUCAAAAGGGCAUGGAAGGCAUCACUGGUCUAGAAGGGCCCAAGGGAGAACAGGGGGCACGUGGCUAUCCUGGACUGAAGGGAGAUAUUGGGGACAGGGGGCAGAAGGGGAGCAGACCUCCAAAAGUGGCUUUUUCCGUCAGCCGCAGCAAGAAACUUGGACCAGUCUUACAAAAUACUCCUGUCACUUUUGACAAAAUUCACACCAACUUGGGUGAAAGUUUUGACCUAUAUUCCUCUCAGUUUGUGUGCAAGGUCAAUGGCACCUAUUUAUUUACUACCCAUGUUCUGGGGCAAGACCAGCAUGAUGCAUAUGUGUGGAUUAUGUUGAACAAUGAACACAAGAUGGCGCUGCACGGGGACAGACGGGCAGGGUAUGGGACAGGAAGCAACACAAUCAUCCUUCACCUUGUGACUGAUGAUCACGUAUGGUUGCAGCUCUCGGAAAAGUCUGCUCUCAUGAAUGACUACUCAUCAUUUUCUGGAUACCUUCUAUUUGAAGAUUAGUGAUUUCAACAAGGAUCUUGAAAUUUCUUCAUGUGGGAAAGUUUGCUUUCUUCAAUUCAUAGCCUAAUUAACACAAUCAUUUUGUAUGUCCAUUAACUUGACUUCCGUUAUCUCCAAUGUUGUGUGCACAGACCAUCCCAGUAUAUGGGGGUUAGCUUUGGGGAACAUAUGCCAGACAAAUGUGUUCCUAAUGUUUAUUUCUCAUUCCAUAAGUACAUUAACAUAGACAGUGCUGGGUCACUAAGGAAAGUAUGCAUUGUCUCAUUCACUCAAUGAGAUAGAGUUCAUAUUUAGCCAGAUACUCUUUACAUGUGAAGUGCAGCUUGAACGUGGGAGUCCCCCAACAAUUGAUACAUGUAAAAUAUUAUGUCAAGGUAAUGGUGUCAGAUACUGAGAGUCAACUGUGCACUUGCAGAUGGUUGUCUUGGAUUAACUACACUGGGUUGAGAUGUGCUAGACUUGGGAGUCCUUCCUUUCACAGGAAAUGAUGACAUAAGGUUUUACACAGAGCUUUUGUUGCGCGAUUGAAGGAUGGUGUUUUCAACUGAUGACUUUAUGCUCAUGUUGAAAGUGUGACCUGGAUCUGUACAUUUCACUGUUUCAUGUUCCAUGUUGUAACUGUGUUUCACACAAGUCAGGAAACUACAACUGACAAGACAUACAAAUCACUAUUCUCUCCUAAAGCUGUUAUGUUUCUAAAACAUUUUGACUUCUGUUAGUCUUGACUCAUUGAAACUCUUAGAGAUAAAGUCAAAAUAGUUUAUGCUUAAGUCCCAAGCCUGCCUGAGUAUGUGAUUUCUAAGUUAGCGAUAGAGCAAACAGCAUUCCCAGCAUGGCACUCAUGUCCCAUGACAAUAUCUUCUGAUGUUAAACAUCUGUUUUAUUUGUUCAAUGUGCAGUCUGUAUCAAGAGCUACUUGACCAAAGCCCCAGACCAAAAACUCAUUUCAAUUCAGUCUGUUCAGCUAUACUACGACUAAAGUCCACAGAAAAUGACCCUGACAGUCAAGAUGACUCUGGUAGUUGUCCUACCAGUGAGUAAAACUAAAAAUGAAAGUCAAGGGGUCCUUGUCAUACCCCGAUGUUUAACAUCACAGAUAUUGGGGUCUCUAGUUUCAUAUGCUAUUGGGCAAAACUUAAAGGACCAGGACCCACCUAAUUUUAAAUGCAGCUGAAUGUGUUGACCUGGGAAACAACAGUCAACAACAUCCAGUUUAGCUGUCCAUUGUGGGCAUAGAACCAAUUAAAAUCAGACCUCAGUUCUCGAAGACAUUAGGGGUCACGUCAGAAAGACCUUUCAUCCGACCUAUCAGUGCGUCGCUUACCAGAUUAUGAAAGUAACAGUCGGAAUGUGAU